AUGACGUCUCUACAAUCCGACUUUGGUAGCCAUUUUGGCAUUGAGAACAUUCCCUUUGGCAUCGCAUCUUCGAACAAACACACAUCUCAACAAGCAGUUACACGUUUUGAGAACAAGGUCAUCUUCCUGGCAGAUCUCGUGCAAUCGGUCUCUGAGUUGCAAAGUCUGCCCAAUGGAAUCUUCUCACAACCAACAUUGAAUGCAUUUGCAGCGCUCGGUAGACCUGCUCACCAAUCUGUUCGCUCUGCCAUCCAGAAGCUCAUCAAGGAUGACAAGCUACCCGAGAGUAGCACCGAAGACCUUUCAGCAUGUCAGAUGCACCUUCCAGUUCAUGUUUCAGACUUUACCGACUUCUCCUGUUCUGAGUACCACAACCUUAACGCUGGCCAUGCUGCCACGGGAAGAAGAGGACUUCCUCCUUCAUGGGGAUUUAUUCCUCCAGGUUAUGCUGGCAGAUGCUCAAGCAUUAAAGUUUCUGGCACUCCCGUAAGAAGACCUAUCGGCCAAUUCUGGGAGGACCACAUGGCAGCAAUGAAAGGCGAGAACAAGAGAAUCAUCCAUGGACCUAGUCGCAGAAUGGACUACGAGAUGGAACUGUCUGCUGUGAUAGGCAAGCCGGUUCCAUAUGGCCAGACUGUCACAGCGAACAAUGCCGGCGAGCACAUCUUCGGCUUCGUGAUGUUGAACGAUUGGAGUGCCCGUGACAUCCAGAUUUUGGAGAUGAUCCCGCUCGGCCCGCUGAACUCGAAGAACUCCGGCACAACACUGUCACCCUGGAUCGUAACAUACGAUGCUAUGGAGCCGUUCCGCGUCAGCGGCCCAGGCUGGAAGCAUACUUUGCCUCCCCACCUUGCAGUGGAGAAAGAUGAUCGAGGCUUGUCCGUCGACCUCAAUGUAUACGUCCAAUCGCCCGAGAACGAUGUAACUCGUGCUUGCGUCGCAAACAGCAAAGUCCUGGCUUGGUCUUUCGAGCAGCUACUGGCUCACCAGGGCAGUGCAGGCUGCGGUUUCCAGGCGGGAGAUCUGCUCGCUUGCGGCACAGUAUCAGAAGACUCUGAGAACGGGCGUGGAUGCUUGCUCGAACACAACCUUCCUCCGCCAGCUGAGCAACGUGGCUACCUUUCGGAUGGCGUCGUCGUACAGUUCACAGGAAAGUGCGGCGAGGGUGUCGGCUUUGGUGAAUGUAGAGCAGAACUGUUGCCAGCCCUGUCAACGGAGACGUGGAGUAGCGAGUAG